CUCACUUUCUUUACAUUUUCACUCUCUUUACACUAAUGUUCAUUCGGAUUUCCGCUCGGCCCGCGACAUUCGUUGAUGAUUUCAAAGCCGCGUGGUCGGAAUCUCACAUCCGUCAAAUGGACGGUGGAAAAGCUAUCCAGCUCGUCCUUGAUCAGAGCACUGGAUGUGGAUUUGCUUCCAAAAGAAAGUAUUUAUUCGGACGAGUAAGCAUGAAGAUCAAACUCAUUCCCGGAGACUCUGCCGGUACGGUCACCGCUUUCUACAUGAACUCCGAUACGGCCACGGUGAGAGACGAGCUAGAUUUCGAGUUCUUGGGAAACAGAAGUGGUCAACCUUACUCAGUGCAAACAAACAUAUUUGCUCAUGGCAAAGGAGAUAGAGAACAAAGAGUUAAUCUUUGGUUCGACCCAUCUUUGGAUUACCACACUUACACUAUCUUAUGGUCACACAAACAUAUUGUUUUUUACGUAGACGAUGUGCCAAUAAGAGAAUACAAAAACAAUGAAGCCAAGAACAUAGCUUACCCAACAUCACAACCUAUGGGAGUUUACUCAACAUUAUGGGAAGCCGAUGACUGGGCGACACGUGGCGGAUUAGAGAAAAUUGAUUGGAGCAAAGCUCCGUUUUAUGCUUAUUACAAAGAUUUUGACAUCGAAGGUUGUCCUGUUCCCGGACCAACCUUUUGUCCAUCGAACCCUCACAAUUGGUGGGAAGGUUAUGCCUAUCAGUCUCUUAACGCCCUCGAAGCUCGACGUUACCGGUGGGUUAGAGUAAACCAUAUGGUUUAUGAUUAUUGUACCGACCGGUCUAGGUUUCCUGUCCCACCACCCGAGUGUCGUGCUUGAAAAUAAUUCCAUACGUACGUU